UCUCAAAUCCCACCACCCUAUGAUUGGCGCCCUCUACAUCCGCACUCCAUAAUAUAUAGAAUCUCGCAGGUCGAAAAGAUCGGACAAGCUAGUAACUAUUUCCUCGACAUGGCAGCCGAGCCUAACGGGCGAUACCUAUUCGCGGGCGACGUGGAAGGUCGCUUGCAUCUGCUCUUCAAACGAGCUGCCGCUGUAAACAAGUCUAAUGGCCCCUUCGACUGUCUCUUCUGCGUCGGCGCCUUCUUCCCGCCCGCCGAUCCCGCUGCCGCCGCCACUGGCGGAGCGGAAGGCGGAGCGGGCGGCCAAUCAGAGCUGGAGGAUUACAUCGCAGGGCGCGCCAAGGCGCCGCUUCCCACGUUCCUGAUUGGCGACAUUGGAUUCGGCGCGCAGCGGCUGCUGGAGAUAGCUGAGAGGGGCAAAGGAGGGGCGGAGACGAGGGAAGUAGUGAAGGAGGGGGGGGAGAAAGGGGAGGAGAAAGGAGGGGUUGGGGGGGAUGGAAGCAAAGCGGAUGGUGACGCGGGGGAGGAAGAGGAGAGGAAGGGGGAGGCUGGGGCAGGCAGGCAAGGGGACGGGCCAGGGGGGGGCGAGAAAGAGGAGAACGAGGAGGCAGGGGAGGGGGAAUGGCAUUCGCACAGGCGCGUGAAGAUCUGUGACAAUAUCGAAUGGCUGCGAGGAGCAGGCAUUGCUGACCUGUGCGGCCUCAAGGUGGCCUACCUGGGCGGCAGAUACGAUCCUGCCACGUACCUCUCAGGGCAGGCGGACGGAGAGGGAGAAGGGGUGGGGCGGCAGGAGAGGGGGGCGGUGGAGGCGCUGGUAGACGCGGGGGCGGACGUGGGGGCGGUAGAUGUGCUGCUCACCAACGAGUGGCCCAAGGGGGUCGCCGCCCUCACACACCCCUCCCUGCUACCCUCGCCGCCGCCCCCUGCCACGGCUGCUUCGGAGCCGGCCAGCGUGGAUUGGGCAGGUGUUGGGUCGCCCGUUGCUGCCACGCUGGCAAAGGAGCUGAUGCCACGCUACCACGUAGCAGGUGGCGCUGGCGUCUUCUUUGCCCGCCCGCCCUACAUCAACUCGUCCGCCACGUCAGCAAAAGACACCUCCACGUCAGCAUCGGGCCCCGUGACGCGGUUCAUUGGUCUAGCCCCCAUGGGCAACAAGGCCAAGCAGAAGUCCCUUCACGCCCUCUCCCUGCGCCCCGCCUCCUCCCUCUCCCUCUCUGACCUCGCUGCCCGCCCCCCCGACGCCACCCCCUCCCCAUUCCUCCCCCACCCCUCAACCGCCAAGAAUCAAAUCUGGACCGGCAGCCUCGCCGCCCCUGAUGGUGCCGCCCGUGCGGCUGCUGCUGCCGCCCAGGCGAAGGCCGAGGAGACUGCUGCCAAGCGCACCUUCUGGGAAAGUUCCAAGGGGGGGAAGGGAGGGGGAGAGGGGGUGGCAAAGCCGGCAUGGGCGUUGAAGGUGGAGGAAGAGGAGGCGAGGGGGCCGGGGGGGGCAGGCGAGGGCGAGCAGUACUGGCGGUACGCUGCAGGGGGGAAGCGAGCGCGGCGGGACAGGGGGGCGGGCGGAGGGGGAAGCGAUGGGCCGCAGAUGUGCUUUGAGCUGUCGGGCAAGGGGGUGUGCUCGAGGGGCGAGGCGUGUCGCUUCAAGCACACGCUGGAGGACGGGUCGCCGCUGCCACGCAACCUGUGCUUCGAGCACUUCAGCAAGGGCAGCUGCAGCAGAGGGGCGGACUGCCGCUUCAAACACUCGCUUGCAGGGGGGGAGGCAGGGGAGGGAGGGGGUGGAGGACAGGGAGGAGACAGAAAUGCUGCUGCUGCUGCUGCUGGCAGCAGUGGGGGAGCACCUGAUCUCCCCAAGGGCGUGUGCUUCGACUUUGUCCGCAAGGGCAGCUGCACUCGAGGCGACGCCUGCCGCUUCGCGCACUCCCUCCCCUCCACCUCGCCCGGCCUCCUCGGCACGCCGCCUCCCCUCACCCCCGCCUCCCUCGCUGCACUUCUCGCCCCAGCACCAGGAGGGGCAGCAGCAGCCCCAGCAGCAGCGCCCCCCGCCCCGGCGCCGUGUUGGUUCUGCCUGUCGUCGCCAAAGGUGGAGGCACACCUGGUGGUGUCGGUGGGCGACCACUGCUACGUCGCGCUGCCCAAGGGGCCGCUGGUGCCGGGCCACGUGCUCAUCCUCCCUAUAGAGCACUUCCCUAGCGUCAUCUCGCUACCGUCCGACGCGCUGGCGGAGAUGUGGCGCUACAUGGGGGCGCUGAGGAAGUGCUUUGAGCAGCAGGGGCAGACGGUGGUGGCGUUUGAGCGCUUCCUGCAGCUCAGAGCCGCCACGCACGCCCAUGUCAACGUGGUGCCCGUCCCCCAGGACAAGGCGGACCACGUGCUUCCUGCCUUCACUGCAGCGGCUGCCUCCCACGGCUUCCAGUUCGCUGCCGUGCCCAAACCACCUGAGGCCCAGCAGAUGGCGUUGAUCGACGAGAUCAAGAAGCAGAGCCGCGGGGGGCAGUACCUGAGCGCGGAGCUGCCGGACGAGUCCAUGCUGGUGCACGCCAUCGACCGGGGGGAGAAACUUCCCCUGCAGCUGGGGCGCGAGGUGGUGGCGGGAGUGGUGGGUGUGCCUGAGAGGGCGGACUGGCGGGCGUGCAAGCAGACGGUGGAGGAGGAGACCGCCAUGGCUGAAGCCUUCAAGAAGCAGUUCCAGCCGUUUGACAUCAUGGGGUAGACUGAUGCUCAUGGCAUAAUGGGGUAGCAGUAUGCUCACGGUAUAUUAUCUUAUAGACCACUGUGUGUUGAUGCCAGCUGCCUCUUUUGGUGUUUAAUUGAGGUGAUCAGGCAUU